AUGCGUUCUUUCCAUCAUCAGAUAACGUCCACCAUCGAGCUUGUCCGCCCGUUGAAACGCCUCGUGGUCAUGCAUCCGCCUAGCCUCUUCCGUCAAUUGUUGGCUAUGCCUGUAGCCCACCGCACUGUGCUUACUCCGCCUAUGCGCCUACAAGCGCGCACUUUCGCCAUGAUGGCCUCUCCUCUGGCGCAUUCACGCUUCAUCUCCAUACCACGCAUUGUGCAGCCGAGCUUUUGGGCUUCCAUGAUCCCAAAGCCACUUAGGAGUCGUCCGGAAAACCCUAGGCCGAAAGAGUGGAAUCCCGCUACUCCGUACAUCAUUCUCGGAUUACUUGUUGGCAGCCAGGCUAUACAAAUUCUGUGGUUGAAGCAGGAAAGAUCCAAGCAAGAGAGCAAAUCUAGGUCAAAGAUUGCUAUACUUGAAAGAGUCAUUGAUCGCGUGCGACAAGGCGAAGAUGUGCCAGUCGAAGAGAUGCUUGGGACUGGCAAUGCAAUAGAAGAGGGAGAAUGGGCCCAGGUUUUGAAAGAACUCAAGGACGAGGAGGCUCUGUACCAGAAAAAGAACGCCAAGAAGGAAUUGAGUAUAGCUGGACAGCAAGAGGACGAGCGAAACCCAACCAAAACCAAGCUGGAAAAAGUGGAGGAAGGGCUCACGAAAGCUAAGGUGGAAAGUGUUGGUGGAGUCAAAUUCUAUUGAGCCCUGCGACUUUUUUGUGCGAUAUAUCGCAAGAUAUGUCAAGAAAUAUCUUACUCUCCGAAAUUGGGUGGACCAGCCCCAAACCACGUCAUUCAAACGAACCGUUA